AUGGCUAGUUCUCCACGGCCUCUCCAGACCUGCCUGUAUUGCCGCAAGCAAAAGCGGAGAUGUGACAAGCAAGUACCGCGCUGCGGAACCUGCCGCCGGGCAAAGCGAGAAUGUGAAUACACCGUCGAUAGAAACGAAGAGCUGGUUCGCCUGCGGGCCCGCGUGGCCCAUCUUGAAACGACGCUGAGAAGAGGCGCAUCCUCCCACACAAGCGGCUCUCCCAACACUCCUGGGUCCCUGGACACGUCGAGGCCUGCCAUGCAACCUUCGGAUAUUCUCGCCUUUACGCAGGAGGAUCGAGCACUUUCGUUCUCCGAGCCAGUACCUUCAGCUCUGCUCCCUAUUUCCUAUUUCCUCGAUACUGCUGUGGACUGCAGACCAUGGGAUGUCCGCACAUUCCCUUUCAUGACCAUCCCGCAGGAGCUGCUUUCUCAGAUAGCAUCUCCAGCAGCAACGCGUGAAAUCGCCGACAGCUACUUUGACACAGUCCACUCAUGGCUACCAUUUGUUUGGAAAAGAAAGAUCAGUCAACUCACCGCCUCCGUUGACAUGCACCCAGACCCUGGAAUGGCCACACUUUUGGCGGCUAUGAAGAUGAUUACGAGUGCUACUGGCAGCCCGUUCGGAAAUCGGUUGUACCGAAUUGUCAAAGGAUACAUGACGGUAUUGGAAGACUGUGGGUUUCUGACCCUGGGUGUGCUACAGGCGGCCAUUUUAAUCACUCUCUACGAAAUCGGCCAUGGCAUUUAUCCCGCUGCUUACAUGUCGAUUGGACGUUGUGCAAGAUUAGGCCAAAUGAUGGGCUUGCAUGGUAAUAGUUCCACAUCCAAAUCAUUUAAACAGCCCACAUCCUGGGGGGAGACGGAAGAAAUCAGGAGGACUUGGUUUGCGGUACUUAUUCUCGACAGGUAUAUCAACAUUGGCUUCGAAGGCCGGCCCCUUUCCUCGGGAGAGUUUGCCGACGACGAGAUGCUUCCUUGCGAUACAAAGAGCUGGGGUCAGGGCGAACCAGCUCCCAGUCAGCCUCUUUUUGUUCAAGGUGUAACCACAUUGUCGGGCGACCCAUUUUCACGGGCUUGCCAAGUAGCUCACCUGCUUGGGCGUAUUAUCGAUCAUCGAGACGAUUCGAGACUGGUUGGGCCUCUCCGAUACACAACAGCCGCACAGUUACUCAAAACGCUGAAUAGUCUACUACACCUCUUGGACACGGAAUUCCGUUUAAAUAGCGUCGCCUUCAGCCUUGCCUAUGCUAUAGCAUUUAGCGCAAAGGUCGCCUUGUUAAACAUGUAUUCAUGCACCGAAACGAAUCAACACGUGAAUUGUGUGGAAGAAACCGAGAUGCAGGCUUUGGCGCUUGGUGAAUUUCGCAAAUUCCCAGCCGAAAUAACCCGCUUUGGCGACAUGCUGCAACUCACAGAACCAAUUAACACCGAUAAUUUGAGCCCUCUCAUAUGCGAUUGCCUAUAUCAAGCAGCAGUCACUUCUCUGUGGUAUUUCAAGGAAAGUGGAAGUGAAGAAAUGACUGGAUAUCUAGAGACUUUGGAAUCUUAUCUGCGCUCUAUGCAAACAAGGUGGAACAUUGCGAGUGAGCAUCUCCUGAAAUCAGAGUCGUGGUCUCAUGUGCUAAUUUGUUCCAGAUGA